GCGACGACCCAGAACGCUUCUGCUGCAGGAAAUCGGACUAAAAGCGCGAAAGCAUAACCGAAUGCUGUAAGCGUCGCGCUCUUUCUCGACGCAGCAGAAACGCGAUGACAGGAAUUGACGCGCGUUUGGGUGAUUGACGCGAGGUGUUGCGUAAAAUGGGCGGGGUAGGCUGUGAUGUCAAACACGUUGUUGAUGUUGAUGUAUAUAAACGCGUUUUUAUGUUAUAGUGCACGCGACGGCGGUGCGAGGGAACGCGAGUAAAGGUAGAAUGCGUUUUGUAAUGUUUUUCAAGUGAAAGUUACGUUGUGUUUAUUGCUGGAAAAUAAUGAAAGUGAUUACGAUCUUUUGUAGGUGUGUUAUUGAUAUGCACGUGGGCUACUAGAAAUUAAAAAUAAAUAAAUAAAAAUCAGAAAACAUCGGUUUAUGCAAAUUCUGUAUGUUUUAAAGCAUGCCGCAUACCGGUGCUUUAAUAGCUUUAACGGGAUACGGGAUGAAAUUUAUGUACGUGAUAUUGACACGCUGUCAUGCAUUUCAGUUCAGUGAAUAUCAUAUUUUUCUCUGAGCAUCAUCAUGAUAUUUUCUUUCUGGUUGUUUUAAUGUUGCUAAGGGCUGUGUUCACAUCCUCAGGCCACCGCAAAGCAUGCUUUCUGUCUGUAGUUCACGAGCACCAGUUACAUUCUACUGUAGGUCUGAAAAUAUGUGAAGAAUGUGACCAUAUGGAAAAAAAGAUCUUGAAAACACACACGAAGAUUUCUGUUGCUGACAUUUUUAUCAAGCUUUUUAAGCUUUUUCUUCUUUUAAAUAGAUGCUAAGAUCCAGCUCCAGAGAUCACAGCUCAUCGGCAGGUUCAGAAAAUAUACAGUUAGAAAGAACAUAUAAAAAAUGAUAUAUGAAGACACAUCAGGUGUGAUGUGUUUGACACGUGAAGUUACUGAAGACACACGUGGAAAUGAAGUUUGUGUAGAGUGAGAAAUUCUCUCAUCACAACCUGUUGACUGAUCGAUGUGUGCGUGUCGAUGAGGAUUUUAAACAGAAUUUAUAAAAAGAGAUGAUUUUGUUCAAAUCUAAAUAAUAAAUGACCUCAUUGUGUUGAAUGAAUGUUUAUUAUAAUUAUGAUGAUGAAGUUGUUAAAUCGUUUGUGUUGAGUUAAAGAUAUGAAGUGCACAUAUCAGGAUUUAUAUCAAUAAAUAAAGGUAGCAUUCAUAUGUGCGCACUGUACUGUUCUGGGAUCAGGAUGGAUGUGGCAGAGACCGAAGCGAGUCACGCGGAGUCACCGGUUCCCAAACGCAGCAGAGGACGACCUCGCAAACCACCACAGGAGUGUGAGGAAGCUUCUGCUCCCAGACGCCCGAGAGGACGACCAAAGGGCAGUAAAAGUAAAGGCCAGCGCGUCACAGCGAGGGUAGAGCCGACAGGAGAGAGGAGACCUCGAGGAAGACCACGAAAAUGGCCACAGAAAACGGCUCCUCUGGAAGAAAAGCAGUCUUCUGAUCCUGAGGUGAAAGGGGCGGAGUCAUCAGAAGAUCCGGUCACUCAGACUCCGCCUUCUCCUUCACCGCCACAGGAGAGCGUUUAAAACUACCUCACAGAAUAUUUUCGUACGGCAUCGAGGACCACAUGUCUCGGCUCCGUCUGAUGUGACCCUGAAAAACGACUUUCACUGCUGUAAACUCCUGCACUGACCAUCACGAUGUCGUGUUUGUGAAUCUGGAAGAAAACCCAGUUCAUUUACCGUGUGAAUCGCAUUCUAAUCUCAUUGCUCUUCAAAAUCUUCACGUUUUGAUUGUGAUUUAUGAAAUGACUUGACGCUGACUAUUCAUCAUGUUUGUUUGUCGAUUGAACUCAUCUCACGCGUAUGUUUCGAUACGUUUAAAGCUGCGUACUGUAAAUACUGAACAGCCUGACAUCACAGAUCGCUCAGUGCAGAAAUGCAUCCCAUAAUACAUGAUUACAAAAGAAUCAUUACUUUAUGAAUGACACGGCUAGUUUACAAAGCACAACCGAAGACAUCAAAACUAUGUGAGAAAUGGUUUCAUGACUUCUCAGGACAUCAAUGACCAAAGCUUGACUCAUCGUUUUACCUCCCAAACGUGAUUUGUAUCUUGUUUUAUUGUUGAAGUUUAAUGUUUACAGCAGGAUAAAUGGAUCCAAACAAAUUCUUGACUGUGUUGUUACGCAAACAGACCAAAUGUAAGAAAUGAUUUGACAACAUGAAGACGGUGAAAUGUUUUACCUCAAUAGCAGAGACCUCCGUUCUGUUGUUUGUGUUCUCCACAUCAGCUGUAAUAUCAUUUCAGUUUUUUAUUGUAUUUGUCAGAGUGUUUUUAUUCAUCAGACAAAUGUCACUUUCUAGGGUUCUCCUGGAAAUACAAAGUAGUUUUGAAGUCUUGUAUUUGAAUGAAAAUGCCAACUAUUUGAUACACGGAUCGUGACAUGUCGAGCCAGUUUUACUGUUAACAUCUGAAAAUGUGCCUCAUGAACACAGACUCAGGUAACCGUUUCUCUUAUUGGUCAGUACUGAUGUCUAUCAUCAGAAUAAAGUGACUUUAUAUUUGAUUCAGUAUUUUGUCCUUAA